CAGAUGCAGGCAGAGGCGCUGCAGCCGGUGGGUGGUGUGUACUCCUACGGGAUGCAGCUCAACUGGGACAUCAACGAUCCGCAGAUGCCUCCGGAGCCGGCCCUCUUCGACUGCUUCCAAGAGUGGCCCGAUGGCUACGUGCGCUUCAUCUACGGCAGCGAGGAGAAGAAGGCGCAGCGCCACCUGAGCGGCUGGGCCAUGCGCAACACUAACAACCACAACGGCCACAUCCUCAAGAAGUCAUGCCUGGGCGUGGUGGUGUGUGCGCGGGCCUGCACCCUGCCCGACGGCUCCCGCCUGCAGCUGCGGCCCGCCAUCUGCGACAAGGCGCGGCUGAAACAGCAGAAGAAAGCAUGCCCCAACUGUCAUGCUGCUUUGGAGUUGAUUCCUUGCCGAGGACACAGCGGAUAUCCUGUAACCAACUUUUGGCGGCUUGAUGGCAACUCGAUAUUUUUUCAGGCCAAGGGAGUCCACGAUCACCCAAGACCAGAAAGCAAGUCAGAGACAGAAGCUAGAAGAAGUGCCAUCAAGAGACAAAUGGCCUCUUUCUACCAACCCCUGAAAAAGAGAAUUCGAGAACCCGAGGCAGAAGAACAUCAAGACAGCAGUGGAUAUUUCAACAACAUACUUUCCCUGGAAAACCCAGAGCAAUUUGAUAUAGUUACUGACACUGGCUUCCCUGUUCCAGGGCAGCCUUGCCCUUCCUUCCCAGACUCUGAUGCUUUCAAAGCUACCUGUGACCUGGCCACUUUUCAAGGAGACAAAAUGCUGCCCUUUCAGAAAUAUACAAAUCCCAAAAUCUAUUUGCCUAGGCCACCUUGUAGCUAUGAAUUGGCAGGCCCUGGUUAUACAAGUUCAAGCCCAUAUCCCACCCUUUGUAAAGAUUCUACCAGUAUCCCUAAUGAUACAGACUGGGUUCAUCUGAAUGCCCUACAAUAUAAUGUCAAUUCAUACAGCAGCUAUGAGAGAAGCUUUGAUUUCGCCAGUAAACAACAUGGUUGGAAACCAGCUCUUGGAAAACCUGGCCUUGGGGAGAGGGCUGACCAUGGACAGUUGCAGGCUGUGGCCACUCGCCCCUGUUAUAAGCCAAAGUUCGCUUGCAGGUACCUCACCACGCCCCCACCAGGUACCCCCGCCCUACAGACAGUGAUCACCACUACCACCAAAGUGUCCUACCAGGCCUACCAGCCCCCUGCCCUGAAAUACAGUGACAAUGUGCAGGAGGUGAAGAGCCUUUCAAGCUGUUGCUAUGCUCCUGAAGAUGCCCAGAUGUCCUUCUACCCAGAAGCCUUGAGCCCUCCAGCCACAGUCACCAGGGCAGCCUCUCCAGUUGGGCCAGUUCCUUUGAAAAUCCCAGGAGAUGGCUGGGCCAUCAGACCCACUUUGGCUUUCCUUCAAGAGUCAGCUUCCUCCAGGACAGAUGGAGCAGAGACUUGGGAUGUGUGUCUGUCUGGGCUGGGCUCUGCAAUCAGACACUCAGAUAGAGUAGGUCCAUUCUUUAGCUAUGACAAUGAGGAUUUUUGAAAGUCAAACCAGGAACAACAUGAGUGUGCAUGAGGUGGUGAGAUGUGAAGUGGCAACUAUCUCUUGUUGAGUUGGGAGAUUUACCUUGCAUGCCAAGAAAUAUUGAUAGUAAAAAUGUUGGUUAGCUGAGGAAAUAAUCAGUUGAAAAUGUUUAAAUAGUAUCAGGAAAUUUCUAGCAGCAUCUUGAAAGUGACUACAGUAUACAGAAGUAGGUCAGGAAACUCUGAUUCUCCCAAAUGAACAAAUAAGUGAACUGGGGAAGGUUAAAUACUGACCUAAGUUCACUUAGCUUAUUAGUUGGAGUAGAAGUCAAGGAUCCUGGUUCUUAUUCUAAGCCUUUUCCCAUUAGGACCACAUUAGGAAAUUUCACACUCGUAGAGGCUGUCAAAGUGCUUCAGGAAGAAAUUCUGACAAUCUUAUAUACUGGAUCAUAGCAUGAAAUUUUUGUUUAGCAUUUAGAACCUGUUAAAAUAGCCUCAGGAAGUAAUGUUGAUCAUUUUGUCUCCAAUGUAUAUACAACUUUUCCAAAAAAUAUCUGACUUUGGUAAAGUUCAACUGUUUUCUAAAGA